AUGUCAAACCCAAAGUCGGCAGAAAUAAAUCCUUCCCAGGAAACACAGAAACCGGACACCUUCCCACCUCAACAGCACAUCCACGAACAAGAUGAACUCUCUACGCAUAUCAAAACCGUACAAAAUGUCGCCCUCGCAGACGCGACAGCGAAACAAAAACCUAGUCUAUGGACAUGGCGCAUGGGUCAACUCUCCCUAAUUCUUCUUCUUGCAACACUCAAUGCUGCUGUUAAUGGUUAUGAUGGUAGCGUAAUGGGUUCGAUCAAUUCGUACGCACAGUAUAGGAGUUAUUUUGGAUUUUCGCUCACAGAGGGAACGCCGGCUACGGGCAUUGUUUAUGCGAUUUUUACUAUUGGGAAUUUGGUGGGAGCGGGCUUUGCGGGUCCGGCUGCUGAUUGGAAAGGAAGACGAUGGGGUGUUGGUGCUGCCAUGGGUCCUAGUUCGGCAUUACCUUACGUAAGCGAAAUGGCACACCCAUCAUUUCGUGGUGCUAUGACAGGUGUUUACACUACGUUCUAUUUCGUGGGUGCAAUACCCGGAACAUUCAUACCAUAUGGCACAAGCUAUAUCAAUGGAUCCCAAGCUUGGAGAAUUCCUUUGUGGCUACAGAUGACGUUUUCUGGCAUCGUGUUCGUUUCUGUUUUGUUCUUGCCGGAGAGCCCGCGAUGGCUGAUUGCAAAUGAUCGUCAUGAGGAGGCUCUUGAUAUUAUGGCGAAAUACCACGGAGAAGGCGAUCGUGAUUCCCCCUUAGUGCAACUGGAACUUCGCGAAAUGAUUGAAGAGAUAUCGAAGACGGGUGCCGAUAAACGAUGGUGGGAUUUCAGAGAGUUGUUUGACUCGAGGGAAGUUAAAUAUCGAACUAUGUUGACUUGUGCUAUUGCUUUGUUUGGACAGUGGACUGGUAAUGGUCCUGUUAGUUACUACUACCCGCAAAUGCUAGCAGGUGCCGGAAUCGAGAAUAAUCAUACACAGUUACUUCUGCAAGGAAUGCAAUCCGUGCUCUCUUUCAUCGGUGCCCUAAUAGGAGCAGCCUACACCGACCACUGGGGCCGGCGCCCUCAACUCCUCAUCUCCACAUCCCUCAUCUCCCUCCUCUUCCUCAUAAUCCUAAUCCUCAACGCUCUCAACACCACCACUUCCCCAAGCACCCACAUCACGGUCGCCAAAUCAGCCGCUACAUCCAGCGCCGAAAUCGCCAUGAUAUUCCUAUUCAGUUUCGUGUUUGCAGCGGGUUGGACACCCCUGCAGGGUCUUUAUGCUGUGGAGGUACUGAGAUAUGAGAGUAGAGCUAAGGGGAUGGCACUUUAUACUUUGGUGGGGAAUGUGGCGGGUUUUUAUAAUACUUUUGUGACUGGAAUUGCGUUUUCGAGGGUGGGUUGGAAGUAUUAUUAUUUGUUUAUCUUCUGGGAUUUGUUGGAAGUGGCUUUUAUUUACCUCGAAGAACUAACAGAAAUCUUCAACGCUGCAAAACCAGUCAAAUACUCAUUACGCAAAUCAGAAGUAUUAUUCCAUGGAAAUGAAGGCGUGACUGAGGUUUUUGAAAAGGAAAAGGAAAAGCAGAAUUCGGGUUGA